UUCUUGUGAACAAGGAUGAAUACAUGUAUUAAUUAACGUAAAGUUUAUGAUCAUGAGUUACUGGUCAGGAGCCCCUAAAGAGUCUCGGGUAACUAAAACUAGUGAGGGGUCAAGUAGGGUAAGUCUGAGGGACAGACCAAAGUCUUACCAAUUCUCUGAUACCCUCAGACCGGACUACAGACCACAUGUGGAGUUAGACAACAAAGGAAAUAAGUCACCGAGGAAAAAGACACGUCCAACGUCCUUCCCUUCAGAUCUAAAGGAACACGAGAUUAAACACAACAAGGAGAAUUUAAAUCAAGAUGUCCAUCAAGGAAAUAAAACUCACCGUGAAAGAGCAGAAGACAUUAAGAAUAAUGUGAAGCAUUCUAAAGUAACAAAACAUAGGGUAGGAGUAGUGAAAAGUGAGGACAGCAAGCAUGGAAAAGGACACAGCUCUGUACGCAUAAACGAUCAUACUGCCCACAAACAUACCCCAAAACAAACCAAAAUGUCACACCAUCACAACUCUAGCGCUAACCAGGUAUGGGCAGAAUCUCCUAGAAGUGAAGGAGGGACUCACAGAAGCAGACGGCAUCAGCAGUUUGAAAUCAAUGUAGAGAUUACACCACACCAGAGAAAAAGGGUUCCUGAUCAAUUAGAUGAUGGUCCGCUAUCUACAUACAGAGGCAAUCCUGGGACUUUUCGUAGCCGGCCACAGGAUAAUCCAUCCAGGAACCAGUAUGUUCCGUCUCAGUUCUCUCAGCAGGAUGGACGUGGAAAUCAUAGAGGAAACCAAACUCAAAGAGGCAAGCACUACCAUGAGGAUCAGACUUAUGACUCAAGGUCACUCGCAUCAAACCAAAGUGGAGAGAGCAUGAAAAAAGUAAACAAUAACAAAAACUCAGACUCUGUAGUGCAAUAUGUGAUGAGAUCCAAGACCAAUUCUAGAGCCUCGUCCACAUCUAAAGAGGCCCCAUCCAUAAGUGCUAAAUAUAAUCCUGUCCAGAGGGUCUCUAAUACGGCUCAGUAUCUGGACAGUCCAAAUGUUGGUGCUCCUUUUAGGGAUGAAAAGGAUGAACUUUAUCAUCGGAAGGAAGUGAAAAUUGCCAGUUAUGUACACAACAACACUCAGCAGAGGUAUAUAGAUGAGAAUUCUGACUCUUCUUAUUCUUAUAAUAGUCUGCCUCAAAGUAAUGGUGAACAUUCUGGAAAUGGAAAGUCAGUGCAGUUUUCUGAUGAUGCACGCAGUAGUUCCGUGUUGAGGACAACUCAGCAGCUAGGUCCUCAAUCCUAUCAGGGUGAGAGGCCAAAUAUGCAAAGAAAUCUUAACAGUAAUUCUAAUGGACAAAUGAUGAAUGUUAAACCUACUCAGGAUAACCACGAUCAAAGAAAACCUUACCUGCAGGAUAACCUACCAAUGCAAAACUCGGCCAAUCAGACAAGCAAUAAACUAAAUCAGGAGUACAAGUUCCCAGAAUCUGAAGAUGAAGAUGAGCCAUUAGAUUUGGGUGACAUUGAUUCUGUUUAUGAGGGAAAUGAUGCAUAUAUAUGCUAUCUGAUGACGGAUGAUGGUGGAAUGGCCGGUCCGUUGCGUCUGGACAUUGACGAUGUCCAAGUUGGCCUCCCCAGUGAGGUACGGCUUAAGGAGAACGAGCCAGGUAUGAGGAACAGACAGACAGGGUCUCACGGUCUGAAUGAGUUCUCCAGUAGAAGCCACAGCAUGCUGACCCUGACCAUAGACACAGAACAGCAGGACCCUGACGAUGAAAAUCUGUACCUCACAAAACGAGGAAAACUCACCUUUGUAGACUUAGCAGGUAGUGAAAAGGUGAAAGAUUCCGAGUCCAGUGACCAAAUGCUGAAGGAGUCAAAUAACAUAAACAGGAGUCUAUUGGUGCUAGGAAAUUGUAUCUCAUCCCUCGGUGAUCCCAAAAGGAGACAGGGUCAUAUUCCGUACAGGGACAGUAAGCUUACUAAGCUCCUGGCAGACAGUUUGGGAGGAAACGGGGUUACUCUGAUGAUUGCCUGUGUGACUCCAUCUUCUCACCAUGUCCACGAGACUAUCAACACCCUGCGCUACGCCAGUCGAGCCAAGAAAAUCAAAACCAAACCUAUCGUUAAAAUGGAUCCUCGAGAAAAGUUAAUAUUAAGUUUGAAGCGUGAGAUAAAAAUCCUAAGGAAUGAAAACAUCUAUCUUCGGCAACAGCUAGAGUUCCCAGCUAAACCCAAAGGGGAGCUACAGAAGUCAAAUGAUGAAAAAUUCAUGAAAUUUUUAAAGACUCAAGGAAAAGAAUCCAAUGAUCCCAAAACUAAUGUGAAGGGAGGGACAGAGGCUGGUCUCUAUGAAAUGUUACAGGAGUACAUGAUCGAGAAUGAAGCCUUAAGGUCCGAGAACUCUGAAAUGCAUCAAGCCAAAGACAGAGUGAAGCGGGAACAGCAAUUAAUGUACCGAGAGAACGAAAAACUGACAAAGCGCAUCGAACAACUGGAGAAAGAAAUUCGAAUGAAGGGAGGAGGAAGUGGUGGCUGGCAAAGACAGGCAAAUGGACCACCCCCUCAGAGGCAGACCAAUGGACCACCCCCUCCCCGUCAGCCUAAUGGGCCUCCCCCUCCCCAGCACCCCCCACCAGAUCAGUAUUAUGACCAGGGACCACCUCCUCCAAGGCAGGGACAUAACAAGCCUCCACCACCCCAAAACAACCAGUGGAAGGGUGGUCCACCUCCUCAUCAGAGACCCAUCAACAAUAGGGUAGAUCAAUUUGUCCCCAGUCCCUCACCUCAGGCAGGGAGGGGUAAACAAUCUACACCUCCCAGUGGCCCCAAACGCCCUCCUCAUAGACUCUCAGAUCCCAUACAAAGACCAGCCAAUAUACCUCCAGAAUAUAUGCAGAAUGGAGUUGGUAGUUACCCUGAUGAUGGAUACAUGUCACCAAGAGGACGACCUUCACCUCACCUAAACGGACCAAUGAGACAAGAGUCACCGAUGCGUUAUAAUGACAGUCGUCGGGCUUCCCAAGUCUCCACAUCAGAUUCCAUACGAAGUAUGAAUGCGAAAUUAAAACAAGAGAUUUAUGAAUUAGAGGGUGAAAUAGAGCAUCACCAUCUUGUGAACCAACGGACUAAGAGUAUAUACGGCUCCCAGGCCUCCGUACGGUCGGGGCCGCGAUGACGACAAAAGUCUCCUAUUUCUUCCGUGCUUUCUUUAUUGAUAUCAGCCAAUUAAUCGGUGUAUUGUUUGACUGAUUUAGUGCAUUAAUUUGUGUCGUAUACCAAAGAUAAUAUUACAAAAGAUGUGGAUUUUUGUUAGUUUCUAGGAUUUACCAGAUCAUUAGGUAUAUCAGAGGAAUUUCUGUAACAUAUAACACAUCUGGUAGUCAGAGGAUAAAGGUUGAGGCAAGGUUCUGAUUUUGACAAUGGAGGUUGAAAAAUAAACUGCCAUUAUUGGAUGCUCCUAUUUUAUAAAGUGUUGAUACUGAAUGUGAUCCAUAGAGACUAAGGUUAUCAAGCCUAGAAUCACCCUGUAGUGUUUGGAGAUAUGUCAGAAUAUAACUAUGAACUGACGUGACAUAUUGGAUUCUUGUUAAAGGUUGAGGAUUGCCUUUGAGUCAUUGUAUUAGCCGUCCUUGUCAAGAUGACUAAAAUCCGUCCAUUUUAAAUUUACAUAUCUGUACUGACUUAUUGGAAUGCAUGUGUGAAGUCUAUUUUAGUUGUUGAGUUUUUACAUGUUUAUCUUUGUUAUUAUUGUUUACUGUUUUUGUAUGAUUUAUUUAAUUUUUACAUAUUGUACAUAGUUUCUUUAAAUAUAAUGGCCUCACUGUAUAUGAAAUUCAAUCCAUUCCUUCACUGGGUGCUGUAAUUAACAUAUUCUUAGAACAUGUAUGUAAAAUUAUGAAGGCAACUUUUCUGAAUGUUUGAUGACACACAUUCAAAUUGGUAACAAAAUACACCGUGUUAAUGUUAAACUAUGUUAUUGUAAAUGACCUUGACCAACUCUUGUACAUGACCUUGACACACUCAUCUUGAUUUACAGUAUUGUAAUGAAAUAUUAUUCUAUGUUAUUGCCCUUUCCCAUAUUGAUGCAUGCAUGUUUAUUGGAGAAUCUGGAUAUUUUAUUAAAUUACCGGUAUUUAACAUGUUUAAACUAUUUUUUCAUGAUGAAGGGCUGAAUGUAACUUAAAUGUUUACUGAUGAAUGUAAGGAGUAAAUUUUGUUUUGUCAUAUUUAUUCAGAAUCUUUGAAUCAUUUGUUUCAGUGAAUUAUUUUAUUUUUGUUCAGAAAAUUAAGAAUAAGUGCCAGAAAGUUUUUAUCAACUGAUUCAAUGUCAUAUUUUACAUAAAAGUAAUAAAUGAAAUAAUCAAAAAGCAGGUAAUAAUUUUUUUUUCUAUAUUGAAAAAAUUAGAGGGUAUCACUGAUUGGCCAAAAAAAGCUUUGUUUCAGAAAGGGAAGAUAAUGUAGUCUUUCACUUAUUGUAAUAUUUUUCUUCCCAAUUAGUAUAAUUUUUCACCGAGGAAGUCCUAGAAAAGAGAACUUGCUCUGCUUUUCUUGGUAAUUUUUCUUGUAUGUUUCUUAAAACUAAGAGAAAAACGAUUUAUUUCUAUAUGUGAAUGAAACUUGAUUAAAAAUAAACUGAA